GUCAACCCGAGCUCUGUAGAUCAUGGAAUAGAGCAUGAAUAACGGUACUCCACAAUAUUUACUGAAAUGUUUCAAAGCCACACCGACGAUGGGCAUCCAUGGCACAUAUAAAUAAACCAAUAAACAGCCAGUAUUGGCCUUUUCGCCUAUAGAUUGAUACGAGCACUUCAGCGCUGUGAGCUAUUUAUUCAGUCUUAAGAUGGCCUGGAUCUGGAAGAAGAAGUCAGUGAUAGUGACCAGUCUGAUUGUGGUGGUGUCUCUGUUUUUGGUGGUGAUUAAUUACUCAGAGAAACCCUACUUCCUGCUGCAGCCUGUAUUCGGCCAGAGCUUCAGUAGAAACUGGAUGUUCUCCCGCACACCGCAUAAAGCCUUCAAACCCCACCGUGGAUACCUCAGCGUCCCCAGCCAGGAGCCGUUGAAGCUGCAUUGUGAGGUUUGCAGUAUAGUUUCCAGCUCUGGCCAGAUGCUGGGGCGUGAGGCAGGGACUGAGAUCGACCAGUCCUCCUGCAUAUGGAGAAUGAACAACGCACCCACCCGGGGCUUUGAGAGGGACGUGGGCCGCAGGACGGACCUGAGAGUGGUGUCUCACACUAGUGUUCCUCUGCUAAUCCAGAAGCCCCAGCACUUCUUCGGCCAGGGGAAUGAGACUGUCUAUGUGGUCUGGGGACCCUUGCGCAACAUGAGGCAGGAUGGCAAGGGCAUUGUGUACAACAUGCUGCGGCAAGCGGUGGAAAACUACCCACAGUCUCGCAUCUACGUCACCACAGAAGAGCGCAUGAAUUACUGUGACACAGUUUUCAAGAAGGAGACAGGCAAAGACAGGAUUCAGUCGGGGUCGUACCUGAGCACCGGCUGGUUCACCCUCAUACUGGCCAUGGACAUGUGCAAAGAGAUCCGAGUCUACGGAAUGAUCAAUGACACAUACUGCAAAUCAGAAGGCUACAGGAAGGUCCCGUACCACUACUAUGAAGCAGGAAGUCGUGACGAAUGUGCCGAAUACCUCUUGCAUGAGAGCGCCCCUUAUGGCGGGCACCGUUUCAUCACAGAGAAGGCAGUUUUUGCAAAGUGGGCAAAGACGCACCCUAUCAAGUUUUUCAGUCCAGAAUGGCACCUGUCAUGACCAAGACUCCCAUUCUUUCAGAAUAUUCCUUAACACUACGGUCCUGUUGGCUCGUUCCCCCUCCAUCUUAAAGUAACACACAUGAAACUUGUCAUGUAGUGGCUAAAUGAAUCAUUCCGAAUGUGAUUUCAAACGGUAGUUGUCCAAGUGAAGUAAGUACCCCUUCGUGACCAUGAGGACAGGUCUCUAAUGAAACUGGUGUGAUCAAAUAGUGGAUUUUGCAUGUUCUCAUGUUGUACUCAUCUGGACAAUCAAGUAGUAUAUAUUUCUUUCGGAGCACAUACACUUAUUGCAGAAAAGAUGGGCUACAGUAGAACGUAAUUUCCUUGUUUUAUCUUUUAUCCCCUUAUAUUAGGGCUGGCCAAUAUACCAAAUUAUAUAUAAAUAUAUAUUUUACUUCUUGGACUAAUUGUUUGAAUCUAACUGCAGCAGUGGCUGUAGUUAGAUUCAAACGAUUAGUGCAAGAAGUAAAAUACAGUAAAAAUCUGUGGGAAAAAAAAAAAAAGUUUUUCACCAAAUAAACCCAAGGAAGAACAAUAUUUAAUUAAUUUAAUAAUUUAUCUGAAACUAAAGCAACAUAGUAAAACAAAUGAAAAUUAAAUAUGCCAUAGAGACUUCUGUGCAAAUAGCAGAAUCAAAAUUUUGAAUCAACUGAUUCACAGAAAGUAAUUGAACAUAUAAACUCUAAUGAAGUUUUUGCUAUUAAAGUCGAAAUCAGAUAUGCUAUUAAAGGGCCAUGAAACCCCUUGUUUCAGCAGCAGUCAGUUCUCACCACAGUUUUGAAAAAUGCUACAAAAGUGGGCGUGGUUAAGCUGCGGAGCGGAGGGGGAUGAGGGGAGGCCAUAGACUGUAAAAAAAAAUAUGGACGUAAUGUCCGUGACGUCACCCGUAGGUUUCUGAAGAGCAUUUUUGAAACCUAAAGCUAUAAACAUGUUUUUUUUUCUGCUGUAAAGUUGGCCAUUUUAACAUGGAGCUCAAUGAGAUUCUGCUCUGUCCCUAGAGGCCAGUCGAUGAAUUGCAGUUUAAGUCACUUCCGUAUUGGCUUCAAGAGAAACAGGGGGGAGGUUGCCGCUUGGGGGAAACUGACAACACAUCAACGGCUUCUGAUUCAGACGGUUUUAUUUAGCUUUUUAAAAGCAUCAAAGCUUCCCACAAAUGCACGCUGCAUUACCAUUACAUGCAACACAAUAUACACAUGGUUUUUGCUUUAGUUUAAUGCACAAAUAAAUGCACAGUCAUUCACAUUUUGCUCUCUACAUCGAAUACAUAAAUGAACACACUGUUGCAUCUUUGAUAACUUUUGAGACUUAUUUUGCGGCAUGUUUAUAAGCCGUUUGUUCGGUUAAACAGCCGUAAAGACCGGUUACACUCACAGUGUGGAUAAAUCGUGUUUGUGUCGAAGACACAGAUAUUGAAGAGAAAUUGUGCGACGCAGAAACUCUUAGAAAGCAAAAACAAACCCUCGUUUUUGAUCCAUUAAUGAAUCUAUUGCUUAUUGUAUGCAGUCUCACUGUUUGAAGCGCCUGUCAGAGGAAAUCAGUGCAUGCUGUCAUGAAUAAUUAAGCGCUUACUGUCCUGAAUUAAGCAACACGUCUUCUCAUAGGAUAAGGACACGCAGUCUCAUGAAUAAUUAUCAGACACCGAUGAGUCAUCACCCUACUGUAGUACAAGAAAACGUCAUAUCUUGUGACGUUGGCACAAAGACGAAUUUUAACCCGGAAGUUGAAAACAGCGCAAAAAGGUUUAAAAUUGACAUUGACUUCUAUGAUGUUCAACACAUAUAACUCUGUUAAAAUCUCAGAAAAUUUGGUUUAGAGUUUCAUGACCCUUUAAAACAUUUCUGUUUACUUUAAACACUUUCAUACUUGAGUAUGACAGUGUUAAGAAAAACGUAAUGGCUAAAUGAAAAGCACAUUACAUUAUGAUUCACAGUGCUCCUUAUUUUUAUAUUGCCUGCAAAGUCAUCAUGAUCAUCAUGAAUAUAUUGUGAAAAUUUGAUAUAUCUCCCAGCCCUAGUUUCAUAUAGGCUAUUUUCAUCUCAUAGACAAGCAUUAGACUGAAGCCAGUUUGCCACUGUCAAACAUUUUACUUUAGUACAAAACUCAUAAAACCAAUGAGCCCCAAAUCCUAAAAUUCCCAAAGUGACUCGCAUAACUUCCUUUAAACCGCUUAAUAGGUCAUUCAGGAACUUAUUAUUUCUGUUUUUAUUUACUCCCUGUACAAAACGAAGUAGAAUCCAGAUGGUAGUUGAUCUGAGACUGUAGUGAUAUUCUGUUAUGUGCCAUGACAAGAAAGCAGCAUUGCUUACGAUAAGUAGGUCUAUUGUCGACAAACGACAUGAGGUACGAUUCAGAGUGAGUGAAUGUGAAUGUCAAGACUGUGCCUGUAUGAAGUGUAGCAUAAGGUACAUUGACUGUGCAACUCAGCACCUAUCCUUCCUUUUUUACGCCUUAUUUGCUUAUUUAAAAAUGACACUCCUGUCCACCAACUGUCAGAAUCCUGAAUUCCCAUGAGAUGAAGGUAUGCUGUCCCUGUUGUCAGAUCAGCAGGUUAAUUUGAUCAGCUACUGUAGCUUAGUGUCGUAGCAUCAUAUAAACCAGCAGACAAUGCAGCGCCCUUGAGGCUCCCCUACUGCUUUUAGAUGCUGCUCUUGUCGUUGUGUUUUUCCCCAUCAAACACAGCAUGCACUGUUUUUGCAUGUAUAUCGAAAACAUUCAUCGUCACCGGUACAAGUUUUCGUAUCAGCUUGUGAUUCUGACAUCAUCUGGCAGCUUAGCCCGGACAGCCUUUCUUUUCUUAUGCACCACUCUGUGCAUGUUUGACCAGCACUGCAACAUCGCCUGAGCACCGUGACAGUUUUUUUCCUGGAGAGAAAGAUGUGCUGGAUGCGCUAGCUGUGUGAAGAGAGAAUUAUAUAUGGCAUGAAAAUAUAAGACUGAUACACAGAACGGGAAGGAAGCACCACUGCUGGAGCACUUUGAUGAGAUACUGCUCACACCUCUGGCCAACCUGUUCAUUAAAACAAUUGAUGCCAGCUCAAUUUCUCAGAGUGCUGACCCGGGAUCAUCAUUUCCUGUUGUCUAUAUUGAUUUUGUUCACCAUGUGGUAUAAAAAAAGAGCUGGUCAACAAACAGCACUUUCACUCUUCUAUGUAUUUUUGACUUUAGCUUCUGCUGUUCAUGACUCCGUUAUUACUUGAUCUUCUCAUGAUAUACACUACAUGACCAAAAGUAUGUGGAUGCACUGCAAAAAUUUUGUUUUUUGUCUUGUUUCCCCUUAAAAAUAUCUAAAACAAAAAAAGAUACAUUUGGUGGAGAUAAAUAGUGUAAGAUAUUUUGCUUAUUUUUCAUAUUGUUCUUACCCCAUUGUUUGUUCAUAAACAUCACUAAGGCCCCGUUUACACUAGUGCGUUUUCCUUUUAAAACGCUCAAGUUUUGCUACGGUUACGCCUGCCGUUUACACUACACCGGUGUUUUCGAACAAAACGCUGCAGAGCCCAUUUUAGUUUGAAAACGCCGGGGUUGCGUUUCAGUGUAAACAGACCAAAAAGGAGACUUUUGAAAACGAUGCUCAGGUUCACUCUGCGUAUCCUUGACGACCAUGUAAACAAUAACAUGGAGACUGACCUGCAAUCUUUGCUGGCUUUGUUGUCAUUUUUAGCAGCCAUUGUGCAGUUAAACUCUGCAUUUUUUUUUUAUACUGCAGCUACCUACAUGCGCAAGAGGCAACUGUUUACACUUGUACGUGCAUGCCCGGUGUGCAUGAACAGUCAUGUGACAUGCGUUUUCGGCCAUGUAGUGUAGACGUAGAUCGUUUCUGAAACGCUGUGGAAAUACCAGUAUAGACAAGGAUCGUUUUCAUUUUAAAACGCUGUUUUAAAACAAAAACGCACUAGUGUAAACGGGGCCUAAGAGGACAUUUACACGAGAACGAUAUAUAAAUAUGGAAACAUUUUUAUUUUAGACAAAUUUGAUCCCCGUUCACACGGAUCCAUGAAAACAACUAAAAACGCUGUAUUAUUCAUGCCAGGCCAGUAGUUGGCGAUGUCACUUGGUAAAGAAACACUGAAAAAGAAAAGAAAAUCCUGAAAAAAUAUGACGGUUUACACAAAAUUAUGAAGCAGCACAACUGUUUUCAGCAUUGAUAAGAAUAUUUCUUGUGCAUAAAAUCAGCAUAUUAGAAUGAUUUCUGAAGGAUCAUGUGACAUUGAAGACUGGAGUAACUAUGCUAAAAAUUCAGCUUUGCCAUCACAAGAAUAAAUUACAUUUUACAAUAUUUUACAAUAGAAAACGGGUAUUUAAACUGUAAUAAUAUUUCACAGUAUUACUGCUUGCACAGCAAAAUCCCCAGAGUUAAAUCAACUCUGCUCAGAGUACAUAUGGUCCCUCUCUAAAUAGUGUUAAAAUAACACUGAAGCAGAGUUAAAUUUAAUUAGAUAAUUAAGCAAUUAAUUAAGAAAUGAUUGCGCAUUAGUGAUGAACACCUGCUGUUAACAAGCAGAAUCACUGAAGAAAUAAGAAAAAACACAAGAACUACAAGUGACUUAAGUCACAGUCUUAUUAAUUGCUUAAUUAUCUCAUUAUCUUUAACUCUGCUUCAGUGUUACUUUAACACUAUUUAGAGAGGGACCAUAUGUACUCUGAGCAGAGUUGAUUUAACUCUGGGGAUUUUGCUGUGUGGUGAUCAUAAGAGUCUCCUUUCAAAAACAUUUUUAAAAAACCUUACCGAUCCCAAACUUUUGAACAGUGUGAUGCUGGAAAACAAGACAAAAAUACUUUGCAGUAUUUUUGCAGUAUAGUUGAACACCAUACCCAAAAUGUGCUUGUUUCAAAGCCAUUGGCAUUAACACAGAGGUGGAAAGGCUUUCCACCAGAUGUUGGAAUAUGGAUGCAGAAAUGCGCUUCUAUUCAGACAGAAGAGCAUCUGUGAGGUCAGGUGUUGUUGCUGGAUGAUGGAGUCUGGCUCUCUUAGCUUUCCAAAUUAAUUCCAGAGCUGUUCAAUGGGAUUCAUGCCAUGCUUUGUGGAGGCCAGUCAAGUUCUUCCAUGGACCUUUCUUUUCUCACAGUGACUUUGUAAUACUGAAAGAGAAAAGGGCCCCAUUCUUCUAAAGAUGUUUUAGAAGAUUAAAUGGUUGUAUUCUUGAUUUAAUUAACUUCUUAGUAAUGGCUGUGGCUGAAAUAGCUACACCUGUUAACUGAAAAUUUGUGUCCACAUGCUUGCGGCCAUGUUGUGUAUAUCAGAGCUUCGGAAGGAGAGGUCAUGAAUCUUUGAUCUCUGUUAUCUCAGUCUCAUGAUCUGCGUGAUGCAGUCGAUGCCUUUCCACAGAUCUGCAGCAGCUUUAGCGGUUCAGCACAAGCAUGUGAAUGUUGACUUGUCACCCAGAUGCCCGACUGAGUCAAACACACUUUUUGUGUUCUUUUUGUUUGUAGAAAAACGCAAUACUGACUUUAGUUUUGAGCUUAACUUGUUAGGUUGUUUCUUUAUCAAAUGUCGUAAGUGCUUUUCUUGAACCUUUUGAAAGGGUGUGUGCUCGAGGUGUACACUUUGCAGCAUAAAGUGUCCUUUUUUAUUUUUUUUUUUUUUUAUCUUUCAUUCUAGUUAGCCUGUUGUAUUUUUGCUGCAUUUUGUUUUUCUUUUUUAUGUUCUCACAUAAUUAAGGUUUUGGCCAUUUACUGCAAUCAGAAAUGUCUGUUUUUUAGUGAUGAUUUCCUGAGUGUUUUCUGCCAUUGUUAGAGCAAUCUACUAACAGUCAAAUACACAGUGCUUUCCAAAAGUAACAAUCCCACUAACAAGGACACAAUUGCCUUUCAAUUGUCCUCUAACUGUGAAUCAGUACAAUAAUUUCCACAUUUUCUGUAAAAAACAAUGAAAGGAUCAUCAUUUAGAUUUCCCACAGACAAUUAUGUAUAAAUUAGUUAUGAGAAUGUAAAACAAAUUCAUAGAUGAGGAGAAUAUCACAAUAUAACAAGCUAUUACUUAAGCAUUUUAUUUUUACAGUGGUGUUAGUACAUGGAAAACUCGACGCCGUCUUUCUAAGCUAGAUUGCUACGGUGUUCUGACUGAUUUUUGCAUACUGGUCUAGGCCAAAAGAUCCCACCGGCACUUUUUUUAUAUAUUCAGAACCCUAGACUUUGCUUUUUUUAUGAAUGUUUUGUCAUCUGGUGGGUAAAAAUCAUAAGAUCAUUUACUUAGACUGUAAAAACUUCAGCCCAUUAAAAUGGAAAACUUUUGUUUAAUUACUGCCUUGAAUUUUUAAGUAAAAUCAAAGUGGUGCCAAAGUCACAACCUGUAGUGAAAUGUUCAUUACACUUUGAAUUUAAUUAAUGAUAAAGAAAGCCACAUCUAAAUCAACUCUUUAAAAAAAUAAAAAUGACAUGUUAUUAUGCAAAGAUAUCUUUAUAUAUCCUGUAUUGGAAGGUGGUGCAAACGAAUAACAUAUAACACAUGGAGUUAAAAAGCAUAACCGUGACCUAACAGAAUUAUGGGAAAAGAUGAAUUGCUUUUCAAUUCACCUAACAAUGAUAACUAAAAUAAAACCCAUCAUGCUUACAGUGAAGUAAAGUCAUGAUAGCAUCCUGCUGUGGGGCUGCUUUUCAAAAGUAAGGAGUUGGCAUCUUACUAAAAAAGAAUGGAUAAUUCUAGAAUAUCAGCUCAAAAAUGAUCCCACGCACAAGGCUGGUUUAACAAUGGAGUGGCCUAAAAGGUAAAUUUCCUACAAUGGCCCUGUCAAAACUCUGAUCUCAGUCCAAUUGUGCAUCUCUGGUGCUAUUUGAAAAUCAGCAGUGCACAAGAGUCACCGACUAACCUGAAAUAUCAAUCUGUCUGGGGAAAAUGGGACAAAAUUACGCCUCAAUAUAGCUGUGAAAAGCGGUACAUGCCACAAAAGACUUUUAUAAAGCCAGCUUUCCAACUAUCAUUGCUUCAAUACUAGCUCUGUGAUAUAGUCAAAUGUGUAGACAUACACAGUUUUUCUUUUUAUUAAAAAUGUAAAACAUUUAAUUUAAAAUUGGAUUUGAGUAAUGAGAGAAAUAAAUAGGGGUCUGAAAACCUUUGCAAAGCACUGUAUCAUCUUGUGUUGUGAUAUGAAGCUUGCCUUGAAAGUGUAUCACAGUGUAUCAGUGAACCUUGUUUUCUAUGUUAACUAUUUUGUGGUGUGCAUAAAAGAUGUCUGUUUCUCAAGGCAAAAGAGACCUAUUGGAUUCAAACUGUUUGGGCAUAGUCCUCUGCUAUGAUAUAAUUACAUUAUAUUUAUUUACAGGUCAGUCUACUGUAUUUUGGGGUGUAUCAGCAGUGCACAAUCAAAUAGGGAGCAGUUAGUUUGACUUACAGAUUCUUCAUGCUCAUUUAUGAGUAGAACAGUUGAAGUUAGGUGUAAUUCAUUUGUCUUGACAUGUCCUGUUCAUUCCUGCUGUCUAAGAAUGUGUGAAUAUCAUCAUAGCAUUAGAGGGAUUGAUUUAGACUUUGCUUUUUUAAUCUUGACUGGAAAAGACCUGUGUAAAGGUUGUUUAAACAUGAAUAUAUAUAUAUAUAUAUAUAUAUAUAUACACACACACACACUGAAUAUAUAUAUAUGGCUGAAGAAAUGUAUUAGUUUCUAAAAAAAUAAAAUAAUAAUAAUAAUAAUAGUAAUAGUGUAUAACUUUUUCCCACAAAAAUAUUGAGCAUUAAAAUCUGUUUUCAACAUUGAUGAUAAUUAUAUCUAUUUUUUAAAACUAUAUUGUUAAAUAAAUGCAACCUUGGUGAGUAUAAGAAAGUCCAGGUCGGAAAAUGACAUAAUAAAUUACAGAUUAUUAGUUGGUGACAUACAUUAAUGAAGCCUUUGUGGAAUUGAUGAUUUCCUGCUCUGUUGUUUCCAGACGUGGUUGCAUUUGAGCAGUGGAAGUGAUAAUGAACAAUGGUUACAUUCCUCAUUAAAAUCUAAAUGAACCAUGGGACAGUGAGGGGAAAUGAGCUUUAAUACCCCAUCAACUCCAGCUUGCAAAUCUCAUUUCAACAUAUCUGUCAUUUUCACAUUCUUUAUAUGUGCUGUAACUCUAAAAGUCCUGUAAGGCCUCUAAGGCUAAAUGCCAGUGGGCAUUUGACCGCUAUGUCAAUGAUAUUCACUCGACAUUCUGUAGUUCAUCUGAAACUUUUUUGAAGCAGGUCAGUUAACUCAUCACUUCAGUUUUUUUAAUCAAAUGCAUACAUUUCCCUGCAAAAUAAUUUCUCCCGGAAUGUGCUGAUGCCCUUCAUUGAACAGAUGGCAUUGCCAUAUGUACUGUGCUCCCAUCUAGGCUUCUGCUCACAGUUUAAAACCCCAGUUUCACUGCUGUUCUGUGGAAUUACAAUGACUGUAAGAAAAACUGUGUGAGAAAACACCCGCAUGGAGUAUCUACAUGUACAUCAGCAGUUCACUUUGUUGCAUUAUAAAAUAAUUGUUUUCUAAGUUUUAAAGCUAUAUUGUUGAUAACCCUGCUGGGAAAGAAAAGAAAACCAUCUACUAAGAUAGUUUGCUGGUUUUAGAUGGGCAUAUUUGUCAGACCAAAUGCCAGCUAAGAUCAGAAACCAUCUUAGGUUUGUUUAAGUUCUUUUUCAGCAGCACAUAUUAAUAUGAUGCUUUAUUUAUAUUAUUGGAAAAUAUAUUAUUUUUCUUGUUAUGGAGUUUAAAUUUUUGCUGUUGUGGAAGCUGAUUGUUCCGUGUUGUUUAAUAUUAUCACUUUGUCUUCUUUAACAUCUGUAACUAUGCUGCUUUUUUCUUUUCUUGUCUUCCUUAUUGUCUGUUGCACUGCAGUGUUUGGUUUUUUUAAAGAAAAAAAAUGUUACGCAUUCACAAAAUGUUCGCUUUUUAAGCAAUGUGAUUGUCACACUCAUUUUUGUACUUGCUGUCUGGCUGUUUGUAAUAAAUGAUAAAAUUAAA